CUUGGUGUAGACAGCAGUGACAGAAUAUGAUAAAAAUGUGAGUUGAUAUAAAUGAAUGAUCCAGGACCACCAGCCAGUUUACUGCGCUGGCACUGCUAAUCAACUGAGCCGAGUAAACCUCUGUGAGUCAUUUUCUCAAUUGAGUUGUUCUGGUCACCUCUUCAAAUUCCAACAUGGCUGAGGAUUUGAAGACUCGUCUACAUUUUGGUGACCGUGGUCUGAACACCGCAGCUGCUUCAAAACUCUACAGUCAGAUCGUAUCACAGAAGAGCAAGAUAUUAAAGGACGAUCUCAUCACCAGUAAUUCCCCUCAGAUAGCGGAACUGAAGCUUGUUUGGGAGCAAUGUACCGUGGAGUCCUCCUCAGUGUGUCUAGCCUGCAGUGACUGUCUGGUGUCGUUAGUUCAGCACGGUCACGCAGAGCUAUCCUACGUAGUCAAAGGACUCUUAAAUGUCAUUCCUUCUGCUGUUAACACUACCGGGGUCAUUCAAGCAGUUGGAAAGCUAAUAUUGCUACAGAUAAGAACAAGCGUUACCAUUGAGGGGGUGUAUCACUGCCCGUAUGGGCUAAGGUCACCUCCUCAUCCAUUUAUCUCAAUACUGACCAGUAGACCUGAUUGCUGGCCAUCGGUCCUACACCAUGUGUCUCACCUACUAACAGAUUACAAGUACUCGCGUUACACAGUGAGGAUGUUACAUCCCUUCCUAGCAUACACCAUGUUGAAUCCAGCCCUACCCUAUCAACUAGCAACCUUCAAGACACUGUUAACUCACACUCUGCUGCAGCAUUGCCAGUCUAGUGUCUCUACAAGUCGACUUGACUCUGUGGCCGCUGAGUUAUUUGCAUUUGUCAUAGAUUGCCUGCACCAGACCAAGGUGACUAGCCUGCCAGAGCUAACCGAGGCCACCUCCCAUCUCGCCACCAUCAUCCAAGUUGCUCAGGGUCUCCCAUCCACAGACAAACAUACUUACAAAUCGCUGUCUGUGCUGAGCGUGACGCUCUGCAAAGACUGCUUGACCCACGGCCAUGACAUGGCCGCUAGUCUGAAGGUCCUGGAGCAGAUGGUAGAUGUUUGUGGUGCUGAUGUAGUGGAUGAGACGCUGAUCUGUUCACUGAGCUGUCUCAUGUUGGAGACUCCCGGUAAUCAACUAGGAGGGCUACUGUCUGUUGUCAGGAAAGUCGUCUGUGUUUGUGGAGAAGAGGUGUCCGUGUUGAAUACCUGCGUUCAACUGUUCAUCCUUCCACUGCUGCAAGUAAUCUCGGUACCAGUGAAUGUGAUGGGAACCAACCAAAUAUCGGCCAAUCAGGCGGCAGCAUCCAAACUCCUUGCUGUUGUGAGAAGGCUCGGCCAGAAUGGUCUAAAGCAGAGACCGGCAUUGCAGAAGCAGAACCCGUCCAAGAAUGCGUGGUACCAGUUGAUGAAAUACUGUUCCCAUCUAUUCCGUGCUGUGAUGGAGGACACCAAUGCUGCAUACAAUUGGCUAGUUGCCGUCCAAUUGAACGUCAGCCAUAGUGAUAGUGUUUCCAGCAUUGUAAUGCUGAUAGUGACUUCAUUACUGUGGGGACGAGGGAGGAGGGUCGUACGUGCAGCACUCGAUGUAUUAAUACAGAUUGCAAAUCGAGAUAAUAGAUGGGCACCGUCCCUCCUGCCACUGCUUCUCUACAGACUCGGUGAGGAACAUGACCCGACCUUGACCUAUGACCUGCUGACUGCCAUUCCCCACACAGUCACACAUAAAGUGUGUAUGACAUCAGUGCUGAAGACACUGCAGUCAUUGUCUGCCGGGGAUGAGAAUAUGUACCCACUGGUGAUGAGGUUGAUUACACAGCUCUGGAAGAUACAGAUACCGGGUCAGUUUGAUCCGGUUUCUGUGGCAAACUGA